CAUUUCGCAUUGUAGCCGCGCCGCAGCAGAUGCAUCACCAUGCCUGCUGAUCAACUCCUCAACACCGUCUUGCAGCAUUACCAGGACCUUCACGAUGCGGCCAAGACGGAACAAAUCAUCGGCACGACCGCACACCUGCUCUCGCAGCUCUCCAACCCACUCAACCUCGGCGUUCUCACAUCGCAGCUGUUGACGGCUCCCGCAAUCUGGGAGAGACACGAUGGGUUGCGCACCUCGGUCCGAAUCAUCAGCAUCUACAACACCGCCGCGAUUCGCGUUUGCGAGCAAGAAGUCCUGAACGACAAGAACAAGCUCGAGGGCCGGCCUCUCGAGGGAGGUGCUAUUAAGUGCGAUGCCUGGACGCGGGCGGUUGUCAAGGGCGCCGAUGAAUAUUCAAAACGGUGGCAGCAUCUGCUGGUUCUGACAGGCAUCCUCAUGGGGAUGGAGGGCAACGACAGACGUGCACUCUCCAGCAGCCUCAGAGGGAUCAUUGGGCAGGCGGUUGUGCUGGCGGCCAAUAUGGCACUGGAGAGUCACAGACAAGAUGGACCGCUCGCUGGCGCUUCAAUUGCGCUGGCACUCAAUUUCUCGUUUCCUCUACUCUCUGAUUUCCACAAGGCUCAGAUCAACUGCAAUGAGCUAUUGCCCGUCACUAUCUGGGCUCUCACCGGCCCGGAAGGCUUCUGCGAAGGCCAGUUUCUUCAGGUUAUUGGAGAGAGCAUCACUGAGGCUCCCGGCCAGCUCCUCUCCUGGACCUCGCAAACCCCCUCAUUUCAACUGCUGCAGGCCAUGGACCAGCGCCCCCUGAUGGGAAAUGUUGGCCCCUUGUCGAAGCUUGCAGCCUACGCAGCUCUACAUGCCACUGAUACGGACGUUGUGUUGGCCGCACACGAUGCGCUGCUAGUUUUCUCGCGUCAAGUGCUGGACGCCUGGCAGUUGAAUCGAUUCAACGACAUUGACCCGGCGUUUGAGGCCAACAAGCUGAGCCUUGAGACUCUCCAAAAGACGUGGCCGGUGUUGUGGCAGGUCUUGCGAAAGCUGCUGUUUGGCGCUGUGGCUGUUGUCCAGGCCAUCGUUUCACGCAGUCUGCUUGAUCAUCGCAUGUUGAAUCCCGUGGCUGCCUCAGGAAUUGCUGCCAAAUCACUGCACAUUCUGCGGAAUUUGUACUUCAUCUCUAACCGGAACAACAACAGCGCUUUCCAGGUGUAUACUUUCAGUUACCUGACCUCCAUCGACAGCCUCUCGCGGCACCCGGCCGCAUCUGAGCUGUUCCUCAAGGAGAUUCGCCCCCUGGAAGCUCCCACUGCCCCAAUCACACACCUCUCAAGGACGCUGGACCUGUUUUUCUUGAACGUUGCCGAGCACCUCCCCCUGGUGCUCUCUACAGCAGCCUGCGAAGCUCUAGUCAUCAAGCCAGCAACUGCCUACCUCUCCCACGAGGGCCCCAUGACUCCCUCCACGGUCGAACUCUUUGAAUCAUCUCACAGUGCCAUCCUCUCUGUCCUCUCCUGCCCACAGCAUAGUUCACUCACCAUCGACAUCACUCCCUUCUACAUUAUCAAGCUAUUCGAAUCCUUCCCCCAACAAAUCUCCCCACGGCAGUUCCGGGUCGCCUACAAGACUGUCAUGCAAAUUGUCUCUCCUCCUAAUCCUAUCGCAGCAAUGGAGCCUCAUCUCGCGGAAACCCUCCUCGAAAUGCUUCGAGAUACCAUCCCCACCGCGGGCACCACGCUUCUGCCUCAAUCCCCGGAUACUGCAUCGCCAGAUGGUACUUCACCAGAAGAUGCUACCCAGGAGGCCCCAGAGCUUUUCUCAGAGCAGAGUUCACUCACUAUGGCCCUGGUUGAUACGCUGCCAUUCUUGCCUCUGCCUUUGGUAGAAGAGUGGCUUACCAUCACGGCACAGACUUUGAAUAUGAUUGCAGAUCCCAAGCUUCGAGCACCAGUGAAGAAGCGGUUCUGGGACAUUCUCAUCAAUGGAGAAAUGGAUGUAGAAAGAGCAGCCAUCGGAGUAGCCUGGUGGGGGGAUCAGGGUGGAAGGGAACUGUUCACCUCCAAGCCUGCGCCCGAGACAGCCAUGAUGAGCGGCGCAAUUGUGUCUAGUGACCUGGUGAGCAGCAAGUUGUAAGGGCACGGGAUGCAUCAACGCAUCACAGAUAUGUGAUGGAAUUAUGGAAACCACAAAUGGGGGUUCGUCAUCACAUCUUGCAGCUUCUUAGACUUAUUCACCGACGCUGGAGCUUGGUCAUCUAACAUGGAUAAACGUGUGUUUAAUGCAAACAAUAUUAGUUUUGGGG